CUUCCGUCCUUUUCAGCCUCCUCUUGCUGCGGUCGUCGUCGAGCGGCCGCGUUCCAAGUGUGACACGGUGAAGUUUUGAGGUGCGAGGAAAGUCUAGAGUAGCUGUAGAGAGUAGGAGACCUGACGAAGAACAACAGGGCGAUGAAUCGGUUGCUGAACGUGUGCUCUUCGUCUUCCUGUGACAGCGAGGCGGAGGAAAGGGGCGUGGUGGAGGCGUCGAGAUGGAAUGAUGCAAGCGGCAUCGUUACCUGCCUCAGUGUCAACACAAGGAGGCUGCUUUCCGAUCAGUUUUCGAUGAGGGAGACGAAGAUUGAGGUCAAGUGGGAGAAGAGGAGGCAGAAGAUACUGCUCAGAAGGCGGAUAAUAAUGGGAAGCGACGGCGACGUAGGAGGAGCGAAGGAGGAGGAGCAGGAGCGCGAGGGAGAGGAGAUGAGGCCAAGUGCAAGGACGACGAGCUUGACCGACGAGGAUCUCGAUGAGUUGAGGGGAUCCAUAGAUCUUGGGUUUGGCUUCAACGAAGAGGAAGGUGGACAUGACCUCUGCGACACACUCCCCGCGCUCAACCUCUACUUCGCCGUCAACCGCGAGUUCUCCGACCCCCCCAAGCUUCAACCUUUGCCGAGCCCACCAGACUCCACCCCGGUCGCCACCUCUUCGUGGUCCACUCUCUGCAGCAUCCCGGGCCCACCGAGCCCGAACGAACCGUCACAGCCAGGGUCUACAGAUUCUUGGAAGAUCUGCCAUCCAGGAGACAGUCCGCAACAUGUGAAGACGAGAUUAAGGCACUGGGCGCAAGCAGUGGCGUGUUCUCUGAGGCAAAGCUGCUGAGGACAAACUACCGAUCGUGCAGGAGAAAAGGCAGUUCGGCUGUGUGAAUCCCGUUUCUUGUGGAUUCUCACAGAACAAAGCCUGGGCUAUUGCGGAGACAGGAGGAGGAAGGCAAGUGGCUCAG